AUGGAUACAAGCCUCAUGCAGCCCAUCAAGCUUGCUAGGGUCACCAAAGUAUUGGGCAGUACUGGCUCGCAGGGACAGGGCACGCAGGUUCGCGUGGAACUCAUGACCGACAUGAGCCGCUCAGUCAUCCGCAACGUGAAUGGCCCUGUUCAUGAGGGUGACAUGUUCACCCUUUUGGAGUCAGCAGAAGCUAGGAGGUUGCGCUGA